GAGAGAGAGAGAUCAGGAGAGGGAGAAAAGGAGGGAAGAGAGCCAAGCGGGGCUCCCGAGACUUUUGCUAACUGGGCACUGGGUGGCUGGGGGAUCGGGCAGGCAGAGCCAGAGGGAGCCGAACAAAAAAGCCUCCAGACGAUGGAGACCUCCCGGCCUCUGGCUCUAGCCGCCAGCGCUCCUCUCUUCGCCGGGACAGCAGCUGCACCGAGGGCAGCCCAGUAAAGAAAGCUCUUCCUCUGAACUUGGAGAAAAAGGAAAGAGGGUACACUUUUCCCUCCCCUUUUUGCAUCCAAAAACAACCUCAAAAGGAGCGAAGGAGGGAGGGAAGGAAGGAGAGGGAUCCUCAGGAUGACCGGCGUCUUCGACAGCCUGGCCUCCGACAUGCACGCCAACCAGAUGGCCUCCAGCAGCUACCACCAGCACCACCCGCACGGCCUGCACAAGCCCCAGGAGUCGCCCACGCUGCCCGUGUCCACGGCCACCGAUAGCAGCUACUACACCAACCAGCAGCAACAGCAACAACAACACGGAGGAGGUGGGAGCAGCGGGUCCCCUUACCCCCCGAUGGGCUCCUACCAGUACCACCCCAACACGGGGCCCUUCUCUGCCAAAGCCGGCAGCUACGACCUGGGCUACUCCGCCGCUGCUUACAGCCCCUACGCAGCCUAUGGGGCCAGGGCAUCGCCGGCCAGCAAUGAGCCCGGCGAGAAAGAGGAGGGGGAGCCCGAGGUCCGCAUGGUCAACGGGAAGCCGAAGAAGGUGAGGAAGCCGCGCACCAUCUACUCCAGCUUCCAGCUGGCCGCCUUGCAGCGCCGCUUCCAGAAGACCCAGUACCUGGCCCUGCCCGAAAGGGCCGAGCUGGCCGCCUCCUUGGGACUCACCCAGACCCAGGUGAAGAUCUGGUUCCAGAACCGCAGGUCCAAGUUCAAGAAGAUGUGGAAAAGCGGCGAGCUGCCGGCAGAGCAGCACCCGGGCGCCUCCGAGGGCUCCCCUCCGCCCUGCUCCUCUUCUCCUUCGCCCUUGGCCUGGGACUUCGCGCCUCAUCCACAACGGGUCGUUAAUGGCGGCAGCGGAGGAGGAGGAGGAAGCAGCAGUAAUGGCGGCAGCGCGGGGUCCAGCCCUGGCGCCCCCACUACCACAGCCGCAGUAGCAGCAGCAGCCGCAGCGGCUUUCUUGGGCAACUACUCGUGGUACCACCAGGCCUCCCACUUGCAAGGAGCCUCCACCAUCCUGCCUCCUCCUCAGCAAGGCCAGCCUCACCAGCACCACCCUCAUCACCUCCAUCACCACCACCACCAUCAUCACCACAGCGCAGGGACGAUCUUCUAACUCCCUAAGAUGGCGGAGAAGAGAAUGACACACACACACACAGAGAGACACAGACAAAGAAGCCCAUUGGGGGGCUUUUGCUGAGGGACCAAAUUCUUGUCACUCUGGAAGAACUCAACUCCAUCUUGACAGGAGCGACCUAGGGUCGUUCCCUCACGAUUUGGGCCCUCAUGAGGGUCUCCCAACUGCAAACACAGGCUGGAUUUACACAGCCAUAUUGAACUGCUGUUAUAUGCUCAGUGUAGAGCAGGCCUAGGCAAACUUGGGCCUUCCAGGUGUUUUGGACUACAACUCCCACCAUUCCUAAUAGCCUCAGCCAGGCCCUUUCCUUUUCCGCUUAAGUGGCUGAGGGGGAAAAGGAAGGGGCCUGAGGCUAUUAGGAAUGGUGGGAGUUGGAGUCCAAAACACCUGGAAGGCAGAAGUUUGCCCAUGCCUGGUGUAGAGCCAUAUACGCAAUUCAUAUUGCAUUAUAAGAGUCUACACUGAGGAUUUAAUACACUUCAAAUUGCAUUAUAUGGCAGUGUAGAUCAAGGCCACUUUCUAGACUCCCAUAUAAUCCUGGUUGUCAAAGCAGAUGAUCCACAUUAUCUACUUUGAACUGGAGGAUAUGGGUCUACACUGCCAUAUAAUCCAGUUCAAAGCAGAUAAUCUGGAUUUUAUAUGGUAGUGUGGAAGGGGGACUUAGUCACAGUUUCAAAUCAGGGUACCAUAGUGUAUUGCAGUGGUUCUCAACCUGUGGUUUCCCAGGUGUUUUGGCCUACAACUCCCAGAAAUUCCAGUCAGUUUACCAGCUGUUAGGAUUUCUGGGAGUUGAAGGCCAAAACAUCUGGAGACCCACAGGUUGAGAACCACUGGUGUACUGAUUUGAGUAUUAAUUAGACUAUGGGUGCAUCUAGAUUGAAGUUUUGACCUCACUCAAUGUUAUGGCACCCUGAGAGUUGUAGUUUGGUAAGGCCCCAGCACACUCUGGAAGGGAAGGUUUGUAAAAGUCCCCAGACUCCAUAAAUAUUGAGCCAUGGCAGUUAACAGUGGAGUCAAGCUGCACUCAUUCUACAAUAUAUCUGCCCCUUCCUCCCCCAGUUAUUGAAUUAGAUUUGUUUUGAUAUUUUCCCCAGCAUCUGAGAACAUUUCCAGGUUAGAUCUAUGUCCAAACACUUUCUCUAGGAAUUGCCUCACAAUGCAAGUGGGGUUUUGGAGCAUCUUUGGUAGACCAAGCUGCUACCACAUCCCUUUGCAUGUUAAUAUUUCAAUCUUAACAUAGGUAUGUCUUUGAAUUCUCUUUCAGAGGUAUUCACUCUCCAAUUUAUUUGCCAUGGCUCAAUGCUAGGGAAUCAUCUGCACUCUUAGGCAGAGAAGGCCAAAGUUACAAUUCCCCUGAUCCUAUAGCAGUAGUCCGCCAGCUUUGGAUCUCCAGGUGUUUUGGACUUCAGCUCCCACAAUUCCUAACAGCUGGUAAACUGGGAGUUGAAGUUCCAAACAACAGGAAGAGCAAAGGUAGGAAACCAGUGUCCUAUAACAUGGAGCCCUGGCGGUUACCAAACCGAACUAAUCCUACACUAUAGAUGUCCCCCUCCUCUCCUGCUUCUCUAGCUCCGCCCUCUACUAUCUUACAUCUAUUUACAUAGGAGUAAUGACCGUUUAAGUCUAUGGGACUUCCUUCAGAGUAGAUCUACCUUCAUAGAAUAUCAAUCUUCAGCAAAUAUUUGGUCCCUUGGCAGAAUGACAUGAAUGCCAAUCCACUCCUCACUCAUUCCUCAUCCAGUCACCAGUGCAGAAUUUCCUAUUUAAUUUUGUUUAUUUUUGUAAACGUUUUUUAUAGGUGCCUUUGCAGAUGACCUCAUUUUGAUGUUGGGCUGGGGGGGAAAAAGAGAGAAAUAAUUUUUAUAUGUAGAUAUUUAAAAUGACAAAAAAAGAACAUAAGCUGUGUUUAAAUUAUGUUUUUUUAUGUUUGGAGGACUUUUCUUCACUGGGGAAAAAUAUGUUUGUAAUAAAGCUGUUUUGUGCCGA